AUGACCGUCUCUAGCAAUAACCUCAUCAGCUUUGAUGUUGAGUUACUGUUCACGAGUGUACCAGUUAAGGAUGCUUGCGCCAUCAUCCUUGACAGAUUGAAAUUUGACAGAACUCUCCCUGACAGGACACAGUUGUCUCCCUUAGAGAUCCAUGACCUGCUUGAGAUGUGCCUCAAUUCCACCUCUUUCAGAUGGAGAGAUACAUUCUACAGGCAAACGGAGGGGGCUGCCAUGGGGUCUCCCCUGUCCCCAGUGGUAGCCAACAUGUUCAUGGAACAUUUCGAGGAGACAGCUCUCCAGUCAGCAACCCAUAAACCCAAAGUGUGGCUUAGAUAUGUGGACAACACUUUUGUGGUUUGGCAACAUGGAGCUGAGGAAACUAGCAAUUUCUUAAUACAGCACCUCAACUCUCAACACGAGCAUAUCAAGUUCACCAUGGAAAUAGAGAAUGAGGGGUCUAUCCCCUUUCUUGAUACAAAGAUUACGAGGACGGCACAGGGAUCCCUAUCCUAUCAGGUUUAUCGCAAACCUACUCACACUGAUCGGUACUUGAACUAUUGUUCAUUCCACCACCCAUCAGUGCUGAGAUCCAUCAACAAGACGUUAGUUGAACGAGCCCAUGAGGUUAGUGACCAGAUCCACCCGAGAGGUGAGCUUGAGAAUAUCAAACGUGUUUUGAAAUGCAACAACUACCCCUCACAUAAGAUCUGCACAGAGCUUCCCCCCUCGUGGAACCCUCAUGCAGAACAGCCCAAGGCGAGAGUCGUUCUUCCAUAUCUGGGAGUAGCCUGUUACAAGAUUCAGAGGAUUUUGAGAGAAGCCGACAUUGAGGUUCGUCAUAGUUCCUCAAAUAAGCUUCAAUCUGCCCUCACUACCCAUAAAGACAAGCGCAACUCCAAGGACCUCCCUGACUCCCUUGUGAAUGCGGUAAAGUUUACAUCGGCGAGACGGGUCGUUCCUUUAACACUCGGAUUAAGGAACACAAGGCCAAUGGUAGGAGAGACGAGAGGGACAAGUCUGCAAUCAUCGAUCUUGCUCAUAAGCAUGAUCACCGGAUCCUUUGGGAUGAAAGUAGACUAG